AGUUUUGUCGGUGUGCCGUACCUUGCCUCGCCAAUCUGUUUGCCCAAAACUAAAAUCCCUUUGUGUUUUAAAAACUUUAUUUACAAGUCAAUAGACAUUGUUCCCGCUCCUGAUCGUUAUUUUAUUCUAUUCUGUAUGAGAAUAAUUGAUCUGGAAAAGUGUUUUGUGAGAAACGGUUUAAUUUAGAGGUUAGGUGGGCUUACUGGUCGUCUUUCUUUCGAGAUGUCACGAAAAGGUGCCAAAGAAUUAAAGGUUAUGUUGUUUCGAUUGGAUGAAGGCGGAUUUAAGGGUGCCCCGAUUCCUCAGGGUUUACUGCCCUUCGUGGGAUUGGCUCUUGGUAAUAAGCCACCCCUCUCACCCUUGGUGUCAACGCUUAACCAAGAGUUCUUUGAUGGUGCCGUUAGAGGAUACACUUUCGUUUGGACGAAAACCAGGAAGGGUUGCUUUGGUCAUACAGACUUCCUUCGGAAAAUUGUGUUUAUACAAGAAUGCCUUUUGACUCGAGGGUUAUGUCGUUCCGUGUUUAUCCGGGUCCUCUUACACGAGAUGAUCCACGCUUACUUGGAUAUUACUGGGUGUUCCCGUCUGGAGAACGGUAAACAUGGGCCAGAUUUCAAGGAGAAGGUGAAGGAAUUAAAUAAGAGAUUAAAUUGUGAUCUUUUGGAUGACGGGGACGUAGACUGGGAUAGAUUGGAGCCAGCGAGUCUUAAAAAGAAGUUUGAAUGUAAUCGGUGUGGUAAAAAGGUUAUGCGCACAAUCAGUCGGCCACUGAGUAACUUGAUCUUCAUGCCCUGGUAUGAUGAGCAUGAUAAGUCAUGUGGCGGUAGUUUCAUCCUAACGGGAACUGAGAUUCGUCCAUGUGGCCUCACCCGCUAACUACCUGCAUUAUGUUUGUUUUUUAUUUGGCUUAUUUGAUAGUAAUAAUUAUAUCAAAUUAAUAAAUAUAAUAAAAAAUG